CGUCGGCGAGUGCAGCGUGACCGGCGGGGCCUAGAGGCCGGGCUGGUGUGUGGCCGCAGCCGGGUACCCAGGGCUGGGCCUGGAGCGCAGGCGCUGACCCGACUGGGCAGUGAGUGACCGGCCUUGGCUGCGGGGCCUUAACCCGGCCAGCCGCCGCGUUCUGCGUGUGGGUGGGCCUCGGGUGGGGUAGGAUCCUACGCGGGGCGGCGGCGAUGGACGCCUUAGAAGAAGAGAGCUUUGCACUGUCUUUCUCCUCCGCCUCUGAUGCAGAAUUUGAUGCUGUGGUUGGAUAUUUAGAGGACAUUAUCAUGGAUGACGAGUUCCAGUUAUUACAGAGAAAUUUCAUGGACAAGUACUACCUGGAGUUUGAAGAUACAGAGGAGAAUAAACUCACCUACACACCUAUUUUUAAUGAAUACAUUUCUCUGGUAGAAAAAUAUAUGGAAGAACAGCUGCUGGAGCAGAUUCCUGGAUUCAGCAUGGCAGCCUUCACCACAUUACAGCAUCAUAAAGAUGAAGUGGCUGGUGACAUAUUCAACAGGCUGCUCACCUUUACAGAUUUUCUGGCUUUUAAGGAAAUGUUUUUGGACUACAAAGCAGAAAAAGAAGGCCAAGGACUGGAUUUAAGCAGUGGCUUAGUGGUGAUGUGCAAAUCAUCAUCUGUGCCAGCUUCCCCGAACAACCUGCGGCACUAGGUCCUACCUCCAGCCAAUGAAUGGGAUCAUUCUGAUGUCACUGGCCCAAUAGGCUCAGCUCAUGAUGACAGAAUACAUCUUAAAAAGACUGAUUCUGUUAUGUAACUCUUCGUGUAUGUUAAGUAUUGAUAGAUCAAAACCAAAAUGACCUAAUCCCUCCUGGACCUGUUUCUCCUGAAACACCUUGUAUUCAUUAACCAUAGUAUUCCUCUC